AUGCAGCACCUUCUGUUGAUCCGAAAUGACUAUUUGGCCAGGCCUCAGUAUUACAGGUUGAUAGACGAGUGUAUCGCCCAAACUGUUCUUCACAGGAAUGGCGCAGACCCUGACUUCAAAUGUCGAAGUCUAAACCUCAAUAUUGAGAAUUUGAUAGAUAACAUGGUGGACCAGACUAAGGUUGAAACCAGUGAAGCCAAAGCUGCUGACCUGGAGAAGAAGUUGGAUGCAGAGUUGACGGCUCGUCACGAGUUGCAGGUGGAACUUAAAAAGUUGGAAGGGGACUAUGAGCAGAAGCUGCAGGAUUUGAGCCACGAAAAGGAGCAGUUGGCCUCUGUUAAACAAGAACGAGAGCAGGAGAACCAAGGACUUCAGAAGCAGCUGAGCACUCUGCAGCAGCAGAUUGAAAAGUUGAAAAAAGAUUUGGAAGAAGCCAAAACUAAAAUUGUCACAGUAACUGUACCUGUGAUAACACCUGGACUUCCCCCGCCUCCUUUAAAUUCUGGAUCUGGGCCAGCUCCGUCUCUUCCAGGCCAUGCAGGCAUGCCUCCACCCCCACCUCCACCACCACUUCCUGGGAUGCCUGGUCCUCCACCUCCACCACCACUACCUGGGAUGCCUGGACCUCCACCUCCUCCACCUUUACCUGGGAUGCCUGGUCCUCCACCUCCCCCACCCUUACCUGGGAUGCCUGGACCACCUCCUCCUCCACCUUUACCUGGGAUGCCUGGACCUCCACCUCCUCCUCCCUUGCCUGGGAUGCCUGGACCUCCACCUCCUCCACCCUUACCUGGGAUGCCUGGACCCCCACCUCCUCCACCUCCCCCUGGAGGACCAGGUGCUCCCCCACCACCACCCGGGCCUGGGAUGCCACCUCCACUGUUUGGGGGUUGGACUGCAGCACCUGCUCCCCUGCCUUAUGGCCUUCAGCCAAAGAAGGAAUACAAACCUGAGGUCCAGCUCAAGAGAGCCAACUGGAGCAAGAUUGGUCCAGAGGAUCUUUCUGAAAGCAGCUUCUGGACAAAAGCAAAAGAGGAUACAUUUGAAAACAAUGAGCUGUUUGCCAAACUCACCUUGACCUUCUCCUCACAAACAAAGACCACAAAAGGUAAGAAUGAACACCCCACCCAUUUUUUGUUCAUAUAA